AGGAUUUGGUGGACAAUGGAACUGUUCUUGGCGAGUUCUGGAACAUUGCCCACUACUUACACCAUGUCCUUGUAUACGAUGCCGAAAGGGCAUAUUACCCAUCUCUGCGGAAGGACAGAACCUCUUCGUCCCUUGAGAGCGCGUUUUGGGUGACGACGGACGAUCAAUUGUAGAACGCGCGAGGAACGUGUCACGCUAUAUAUACAUCCCUCGGAAUUCGAUGGCGUCGGGGACGGAUCCGUCAACAUCACCACAUGUACAGCUACAAGGCUCAGAGCAAGGACAGGAGACUUCACAGCAAAAGAAACAGCAGGGACAACCCGAUGUCCUUCAAGCUGCGCAACUCGAUGAGUUCACACGCUCCAUCAUCCAUCUCGGCGCGCUCGUCCUAGGGGAGAUCCUACAUGGUCUCAAGAUCUCAUUCGGGGUCUGGCUCGCGGCCAAGCUCGUCGCAUAUGUCCUCCCGGUGAUUCAACCCGGCGUCGUAUCGCUCUACGCCCACGCGGCGGCACUGCUUCAGAACCGCAGCCUGCACGCCGCCAUCCAAGCCGGACGUCAAACGAUCGCGCGCGAUGGCGCCGACGACGACAAUUUUGUCAAUCUCCUGUUGCACGUUUCCCAGGUCGUCAUAUAUCUGACCACGGUCCUUGUGGUCCGGUAUUGGUCGCUUCUGUGGCGGACUGUCUGGAGCUGGUUACCGUCGCUGGGCGCCGUGACGACCUUGGGGCUGUUUUGGUGGAUUUACAUUGAUGAUCCUUUCAACACUCUGGUCCACGAGGGUGGCAAGUUGGCUCGCGUCUUGUUCUCGAUGAUCGGUUAUCUCGCCAAGGCUUUGGUCUUCGUAGCUGCUAGGAUAUUCCGGCUGGUGGAGGUCUCAUAUCGAUUCUACUACAAGCAGAAGAUUAAAAUCUUCAAGCCCGUCCUUGCACUUCAUCAUGGUGCGGCGUAUCCUUAUCGAGCACUCGGCGCUGAUGAGAUUAGAUUGCUGGAAAUCUCGCGAAAGGGUCCGUUUGGAGAUUACACCUGUAAAGUUGUGCACGUCGCGCUCCAGUCAUCACCCAUCUACGAGGCCAUUUCAUACACCUGGGGCGGUCUGCCUCCCUCACACGAUCUGGUCGUCGAGGACGGAUACGUGCUCAAGGUCAGUGAGAGAGUGAUGGAGAUCAUCCGGGCGCGAGCCUCAGUGCUGGACAGCAAGUCUCUUUGGAUCGACGCGGUCUGUAUCAAUCAAGGCGAUCGUGCUGAGAGGGCGGUACAGGUCGGUCUCAUGGCGGAAAUCUACCAGAACGCUUCCAAGACUAUUGUCUGGCUCGGGAUGUCGCCAGAAGCUUCGGCGUGUAUUUCAUUCAUCAACCGGCAUAUGGUGACGUUUCACCUGAACCGACCAAACACAAAUUGGAAGGCUCUGUUCCGCAUAGGGAGCAGGGAAGCUGGCUGGCAGGAAUUCCUCAAUUUCCUCGAGCAUCCGUAUUGGUCACGGAUGUGGAUCAUCCAGGAGAUCGUGCUCUCCACGAAGCCAAUCAUUUCAUACGGUGGUGAAUAUUUCACCUUCGAGUACCUCCAGACGUUCUUCCGAGAGAUGUACAGCAAGAACGUCGGCACUAUGUUCGUGAUGACGGAGACCGCCGUUGAGCCUAAAGGACCCAUUGCGCCAGGUGGAUCGGUGCAAAUUCCGCUCAUCAUGGCGAUGAAGUCUUUGGUCCAGGGACCAGAAGGAUCGGCCGUAGGAAUGCCUGACCUGAUGCAGAUGACCCGCCGCUGCAAAGCCUUCGAUCCACGAGAUAUGGUCUAUGGUGUGUUGGGCCUGCUGCGGGCGAGUGGCGAUCAAAGUAUUGUUCCAGAUUAUGAAAAGACGCCCACAGAGGUCUGUAUAGAAGUGGGCAGACAUUGUUUCGCCCUUCGGCCCCAGCAUACCCUCACGUGGGCGGGUAUUGGGUUCAAACGCACGACAACCUCGCUUCCAUCCUGGUGUCCUGAUUAUUGUGGGCCAUGGGAACUGUCUCCCCUCCACCAAGACAAUACAAACGCCUCCGAUAUCUUAUACAAUGCUUCUGCGGGCACCCCUCCGAGCUUGACCCUUCAUCCAAGCCUUCCCAUCCUGACGGUGCGUGCAGUGCAUUUCGACACCAUCGCGGAUCUCGGCCCGAAAUGCAUCGAAGCAGCCCAAGUGACCGGCAUGGACGUCACGGCCGCCGCGAAAUUCCUAGCGGAAAGCACCAUCGCGCUCUCCGACUUCACCGAAGCAGCGCUCGCCGCCAUGCCGCACCAUCAAUCCGAGGACCCAGAAUCCCCCGAGAUGAUAUGGCGCACUCUCAUCGGCGACCGCAACCCCGCGACAGCACGCGCGGCCGCACGUCGCCCGGCAGAUGCAAGCUACAGCGAGCAUUGCCGCGCGUCACAACGACUCGCGAGGGCUUUGAUCAACGGGCCCGACCAUCCCGAUGCGCCACAGGCGAGUGAUGCAUUCACCAAAUCCGGCGUGGGUCCCUUCUUUGAUGAUGAGGUCGGGAAUGGCCUCUUCCUGGCGGCGCACGCGAAUGUGGGUGCCGGAAGACGAAUCGCAGUGACGAAGAAGGGAAGCUUGUCGCUCGUCCCGGAGUAUUCUCGGGUGGGUGAUACCGUUGGCGUCCUGGCGGGGAUUCAGGCUUGUGUUGUCUUACGCGAAGAGCCGCUGUUGUCGAUGCCGCGCGGAGACGAUGAGCCUGUAAUACGGUGGAGACUUGUCGGCGAAGCUUACGUCCAUGGUCAUAUGGAUGGUAGAGCUUUGAGCGGAGAUGAUCGAUGGGAGACAAUUCACAUAUGGUGAUACUAUUGAUGAGACCCGUUAUGGAAUAAUCAUCCAGGUAAACAGUCACAUUUCGAUCGACAGCAAUUCCUCGUUGGCUC